AUGACAGCCGACUCUUCGUCACCACCCAACAGCUCUCCUAGUUCCGGCAAACAGGACCCUCUGAAGCCCCGGCACGACGCCGAUGGCACCGCUGCCCCGGGGCCUGAUGACCCCCCCCGGGCAAAGGCCAACGAGCCAAAUGAGGAGGAAAAUCUCGAUCAUACGCGAUGGUGGCUGGUUGCUUCUGCAUUCCCCAUGAUCGCGGGCACACUAGGCCCGGUAGCGUCGGCAUUCAGUAUUUGCGCUCUGGGCAGACCAUGGCGCCAAUACGCGCCACCUGGUCAAGACAUCCAGACUGCCAUGUCUGUGACUGAUCCGCCAUGGCUCACUGCCGUCAACGCCGUCCAAUUGGCAAUGGCGCUCGUCUCCAACGUCUUUCUGCUUCUCAACAUGGCCAGACGAGUCAAGUUUUCCAUUGCGCAGCCGAUCACAAUCGUUGGAUGGUACAUCUCUUCAUUCUGUCUCAUUGCGCUCUGCGCCACCGCUUCUGGACCGCUGGAGCAGGGUCUAGAAAAACCUGCCGAGGACUACAUCAUGUCGCAGGCCUUUUACUACGGCAUUUGGGCUGCCAUUCUUUAUUUUGUGGUUGCCUCUUUCAUGACGGUUACCUUCUGGGGUGCCUCAACUAGCCAUUUCAGCAAAAGCUUCGCUUUGACCAACAGCCAGCGCACGCUCAUGCUCCAGACCAUCCUCUUUCUCACCUAUCUCCUCCUCGGAGCUCUUGUGUUUAGCAAGAUUGAAGAUUGGAACUACCUCGACGGCGUGUACUGGGCUAACGUCACUCUUUUUACCAUCGGAUUUGGUGAUUUUGCCACAACAAAGUCGCUAGCAAGGGCCCUAGUGCUACCGUAUGCAUUUAUUGGCGUUAUUAGCCUUGGUCUGGUCAUUGCGUCCAUUCGUAGCAUGAUCUUGGACCGUGCUCGGCGGCGUGUUGGCAUUCGAAUGGAAGAAAAGACAAGAAGAAAACUUGUCCGCAGGUUGACAAGGUCGGGCAAUGACAAGAUACUGAACCCCAUGUCUGGCGAGGACACAAAUUUGAGCCCUCAUGUCACCAACGAGUACGAACGCCGAAGAGUCGAGUUCGAGCUGAUGCGCAGCAUUCAAGACCGCGCAGUAACGUGGAGACAGUGGAUGGAUGUGUCAGCCUCAUUUGGAACUUUGGUUGUCUUGUGGCUUGUCGGUGCAUUGGUUUUCUGGGCGUCAGAAAGACACUACCAGGACCAAUGGUCUUACUUUGAUUCAUUUUACCUCUGCUUCGUCUCGCUGACUACCAUCGGGUAUGGCGACCGAGUGCCCAUAUCCAACGCCGGAAAAUCCUUCUUUGUCUUUUGGUCGCUACUGGCCCUACCCACCAUGACUGUCCUCAUUUCGCACGCUGAGGAUACUGUUGUCAAAUUUGUCCGAGAUAUAACAAUCAAACUCGGCGCCGUCACAAUUCUCCCACGCGACAGACUUAUUGCGCAAAUGGAAAAGGAACAUCUCAAGGAAUACAACAGUCACCAAUCCAGCCUGCGAAUCGAAAGUGGUCUCUCGCGCUGGCGGAGUGGAUCGAAACACGCAAUGCAUAGCGCCGACGACCCAAACGCCGACGAAGGUACACUGCGAAAACGUCGGAGGCGCGCCGCAAGACACACGCAUCUGCGCAGCGUGGCUUCCAAGAUUCGGCACGCUGCUGCCGUAUCCGCCCAAAAUCAAGGCCAUCAGCAUCGCGAACUCGACGAUCUGCCCACAGGCAAGGAGUUUCACCUGCUCCUCAUUGCCGAGAUCAAAUCCGUGACGCAGCACCUGCGCGAGGACAAGCCGCGCCGGUACUCGUUUGAGGAAUGGGCCUGGUUCCUGUGGCUGCUCGGCGAGGACGAGCGGGACGCCCAUACGCAUCGCAAGGCUAGGCCGGACGAAAAGCGGAACCACGACGUCGCGGCGGAUCAGAACCGGCGGCACAAGGACGCGCAUGCCCAACCGUUCAAGUGGUCGUGGGUCGGCAGCCGGAGCCCGCUGACGGCUGAUCAGGAAGAGAGCGAGUGGGUGCUGGACCGCCUGACGUUUCGCCUGCAAAAGGCACUCGAGGAAGACGCCGAUAGCGAAGAGACUGCGGCGGCCGCCGCCAAAAGGUGCAUGGCUCCGGAUACAGAGUUGGAGAUGACGCGCACCCAACAGUCAUGA